CUUGCCAUCCAGCCUCCGUUGCUUCCAGCACUUACCAUCUGACCCACUCGUAUUCCUACACCCCACCAAAAUGAACCACUCCCUCAUCCAACUCCUCACAGUCGUUGCUGCCAUCCUGUCCCUCACAGCUGCCCAAGGCUUCUAUGCCCAAAGAUACGGAAAGAAAUCAGAUCAGAAACAAGUUGCAGUGCGAUCAGGCUUCUAUACCAACCGAUAUGGCCGCUCCUCCCCACCCGAAACCGACUUGCCCGAAGUCAAGAUCCGUUCCUCAAGGUUCGUCGGUGGUUCCCGCUAUGGCAAGAGGUCUGAAACUGCUCCUGUAGUCCCUGAAAUCGCUUCCAUUGUUUCUGCAGCUACUGCCGAAGACGAUUCAGAAGUCCCUGCAUCUCUCCUCGUCGGCGAAUCAACCGUCUGUUUCCUUGUUGAUGUUCCCGACAUCUACAAAUGUUUUAAGAAAAUCGUCAAUGAAGCUACGAGCAACUAAAACUGCUUCCCCGUCAACGCUGGUCGUAUAGCUGCGUCAACUACAAGUUACUGUGCAUGUGCUGAACCAACCCUUAUGAUUCUAAAGAGACGAAUUCCUCGUUGAACUUUCCAAAUAAGAUUACCACCCAAUCUAUUCUGUUUUGUCAAAUUGCUAUCUUUAUUACAAGUCGUAAAAAGGACAGAAACUUUCCUAUAGUUAAAGUUUCUCGUUCUAAUGUCAAAGUACAUCUUGUCUAACUACCUCCUUGGUUUAACAAUCAAAGUUAAAUUUCUCGAAUCAUAGACACUUUAAUUUUUACAGUUAAAAUGAAAACCAAAAAAUCCUAGGUUUCUCACAGGGGAUAAUACUUUAUUGUUAGUUUCUGUUGAAUUGGCCAUGCCUUAAUUUCAUCACUUUGGUUUAUUUUUUAUAAAUAAUUUUCGAAAAUUUGGUUAAACCAAGAGUUCCAACUGAAGUUGAAAUCUUAGAUACUUUCGAUUCUUCAUCCCUUCCCCCAUUCUCUCUCUCUCUCUCUCUCUCUCUCUCUCUCUCUCUCUCUCUCUCUCUCUCUCUCUCUCUCUCUCUCUCUCUCUCUGUGAGAUGUUUAUGCUUAAAUGUGCAUUGCUUGCUCAUGUUGUCAUGUUGAUUUGUCCGUCGAUAGUAUCUUGUCUGUCUUUCUGUCUGUCUGUUGGUCUGUCUCUGUCAGUCUGCCUAUCUCCAUUUCUUUAACAACACUUCCUAGAACGAUAAGCACUUUGGUGUCAUUACAUAUUACAUAAUUUGAUCAUUGUUUGUCAGUAUGUCCCUCACGAUCUAAGUUCAUCGUCAAAUUAUGUUCUUGAUUGUCUAAUUUCUUCGUUAUAAAGUGUCCCUUAGUGUGAUAAUCCAAAAUCCUCAUACAAAGCAUAAAGCCAAAUUUAUGCAAUUACUGCUGAUUCCAUUCAUCCAUAAUUAUGCAACAGAUUGUACCACUCACCUAAAAUAUUGCCUUUCAUUCAUAAUUAGAGGUGGACAUACGUACAAAUCAUUCACAUCUCAGAUUCAAAUUUCUUUGUUAAACUCUUUUACAAUUGUCCACUUAGCAACCAUUGAGUAGAGUAAUGUUGCAUGAAUUGGCGAAUGCUAUCUUAGAUUGAGUGGCAAUGAAAGUUAUGCAACCGAAGACAGAGAUAGUGGAUGGUAAUUUGUCUUUCAAUGGAAUGUUUACAACGAAGAGGACCCGACCAUUUUCAUUUUAACGUUGACCUCAUAUAACCCAAGUUAAUAGAUAUCAAUGUAUCAUGUUUAUCAUCUAUUUCAUCAAUGAAGGCUGGGUAUUAAUACACUUGUAUAUUUCACAUUGUAUAUCCGGAUAAGUGGUUGAGGCACACACAGCA